UGCCAUGCAGAUCGACGCUCCCACAGCUAUCCGCUCUUCCCCAAACGCCACCACCACCCUUUCCGCCCAAGCUGCUCCUGCCGUCCUAGCGGACUCGAAAAAUAACAUCGCGACCGAGCGCCCGACAAAACCCCUCCCUACGUCCAAGGCGCGAAAAAUGCAGCAGACACAGCAGUCGAACAACCCCCUUUUGCAGCAGGCGAACCCGCUCAUGCUCCCCGUCCAGGCGCACGUUGCGCGCGGUGGACCGGCGUCGACAACGCGCAAGCUGUAUGUUGUGCUCGAGCAGGCGUGUUUGGAAGCGUACAGAGUCAGCACGGCGGGCAGGACCAAGAACGGCAGGGACGGCGACGUGAAAUAUGCGCUCCUCAACUGCGACGACCACCAGGGCAUUUUGGCGAAGACUGGCAGGGACAUCGCGGACGCACGCCCCGAUAUCACGCACCAGUGCUUAUUGACGCUGCUCGACUCGCCCCUAAACAAGGCGGGCCUCCUGCAAGUGUACAUCCACACCGCCAAGGGCGUCCUCAUCGAGGUCAACCCGCACGUACGGAUCCCGCGGACGUUCAAGCGGUUCAGCGGCCUGAUGGUACAAUUGCUGCACAAGCUGUCAAUUCGGGGAGUCAAUGGCCCGGAGAAACUUCUCAAAGUGAUCAAGAAUCCCGUAACAGAACACCUCCCCGCGAACACGAUCAAGCUCACCCUCUCUGGUGAUGCACCUGUUCAGCGGCUGUCGAAGUAUCUGCCUACGCUGCCGGAGACACAUAAUAUCGCGAUAUUUAUCGGUGCGAUGGCAAGAGGAAAAGACGACUUUGCGGACGGCGUCGUGGACGAGAAGAUUGGUAUCAGCGAGUACCCGCUAAGCGCGUCGGUAGCGUGCAGCAAGUUCUGUUGCGCGCUGGAGGAGCUUUGGGACAUCGUUUGAGCGCGUCGUUGCGCUCGCAGACGUCCCGCGCGCCCUCCUUCUCUUGAUUUUGACUUGGUUAAUGUCGGGUUUGGCCAUCUGAUUGCAUAACUGUUUUUACAUCUCACAUCUCAUGACGCUCCCUCCCAAUGCUCCCCUGCAUUUCAACCUGCAUCUGUUCCCCUGCUCCAUCCAAACCCAAAACACCACCCCCAUCCCCAUCACCCCCCGCAUCCCCCUCAUGACACACCAAGCUGGUGACUGCCGCCCGCGCGGUCCAGAUAGAGUACGACCACGGCGCGCUGCCGGCUAUUUCAUCCCACCCAACC